GAGGAGCCUCUCUAACACUGUCGCUAUUCAGCUGCCAAUAAAGUUUCUUUUGAAGCCGACAGUAUUAUUAGAAAAAUGGGGGCUGUGACUGAUGACGAAGUCAUCCGGAAGCGCCUCCUGAUCGAUGGCGACGGAGCUGGAGACGACCGGCGCAUCAAUGUGCUCCUCAAGAGCUUCGUCAAGUGGUGCCACUCGGCAGCCCCCGAGGAAGGGUUCACACAGUACCAGCGGAUGUUGGGCACCCUGGCACAGUGCGAGUUCUCAAUGGGAAAGACAUUGCUGGUCUAUGACAUGAACCUCAGAGAAAUGGAAAACUAUGAGAAAAUUUACACUGAUAUUGAGCAAAGCAUCACAGCUGCACAUGAGAAGAUUGCGGAAUGCAAAAAAGAAAUUCUAAGGGCCAAACGAAUACGAAAGAAUAGGCAAGAGUAUGACGCUCUAGCAAAGGUUAUCCAGCAACACCCGGACAGACAUGAAACUCUUAAACAGCUGGAGGCCCUCGAUAAAGAGCUGCAGCAGUUGUCACGUAUAAAGGAGAACGUUGAGGACAAGCUCGAGUUGAGGAAGAAGCAGUUUCAUGUUCUUCUGAGCACCAUCCAUGAGCUGCAGCAGACACUUGAGAAUGAUGAGAAGUCAGAAAAUGAUGAAUCGCAAGACUCCCCAAUGGAAAAUGGACAGUGAAAUUUUGCAUCGUUUCCAUUUUUUUUUUUAAAUCUACAUUCUUGUUUUUAAUACUCCAUUUUCAGUAGCUCGAUGUCUAUUAAAAAUAAAAUUGCUGUAU